CGAGACUUGGUAUGCCAUGGUUUGAUGAACGUUCCGCGCAAAUCACGCAGCUGGCGACAGUCCCUUGCCGAUGAUUUUGAGGAGGAGUACGGCCCUCUUCCUGACCCUGUCGCCACGUUUGGAUCCGAGCUGGUGACAGCACCGCCAACACCCGCCUCUCGUCUAGCAUCGCCGGUCCCGAUCCGUUGUUCAUCAGUCAGCUUCAUGAGCGCAUUGAGCGCAUUGGUCUGCGAGAUCCAACCCACCUUGAACUGUCGCAAGGCUCCAGCGAUUCAGACGAGCCAGAUGCCGCGCCGUGGUCUCUACAAGCCUACGCCACCAGACUCUUUGAGAGGGCUUCGAGGAAACACGACCAAGAUGGAGGGCUGA